CCACCUCCGCGCUAGGGGCGGGCGGCCGGGCGGCGGAAGGGGGGGGGUGCGGUGCCGAGCCGUGCCGUGCCGUGCCGCUGCCGGCGCGGGGGCGGCGGGGCGCGCCGGACCCGCGGCGGCGGCGGCGGCCACUGGGAUGCAAGUAUGGACAUAAUAGCCUAUGAUGAUUUCUCCAGUCCACCGCUUCAGAGAUAUUGAAAGGACACCUGAAUACCUCCAGCCGGAAAAGUGUGUUCCACCUCCUAGCCGCGCUUCCCUGGGAACAAUGUGGUUUAUUCGAGAUGGCUGUGGUAUUGCAUGUGCUGUCGUUACCUGGAUGCUGGUGUUCUAUGCCGACUUUGUAGUCCUUCUUGUCAUGCUAGUUCCAUCGAGAGAUUAUGUUUAUAGUGUCAUCAAUGGCACACUGUUCAACACCUUGGCUUUCCUCGCUUUGGCGUCACAUUUUCGUGCUAUGCUGACAGAUCCAGGUGCUGUACCCAAAGGUAAUGCCACAAAAGAGUUCAUCGAGAGUUUACAGCUAAAACCAGGACAGGUGGUUUACAAGUGCCCAAAGUGUUGUAGCAUCAAACCAGACAGAGCACAUCACUGCAGUGUUUGCAAGAGGUGCAUUCGGAAAAUGGACCAUCACUGCCCGUGGGUCAAUAACUGUGUAGGAGAGAAUAACCAGAAGUACUUUGUACUGUUUACAAUGUAUAUAGCACUGAUUUCCCUGCAUGCCCUAAUCAUGGUGGGAUUUCACUUCUUGUACUGCUUUGAAGAAGACUGGACAAAAUGUAGUUCCUUCUCUCCACCAACUACAGUGAUUCUACUCAUCCUCUUGUGUUUUGAGGCUCUCCUAUUUCUCAUCUUCACCUCAGUUAUGUUUGGGACCCAAGUACACUCCAUCUGCACUGAUGAAACGGGAAUAGAACAGUUGAAAAAGGAAGAGAGAAGAUGGGCUAAAAAAACAAAAUGGAUGAACAUGAAAGCAGUAUUUGGCCAUCCGUUCUCUAUAGCAUGGCUUAGCCCAUUCGCAACACCAGACCAAGGAAAAGCAGACCCGUACCAAUAUGUGGUCUGAGGAAUUCCUGACCAGCAUUUCCACUAAAAUAGAAACAUAUUACAGCACUACUACAAAUUUUCCAUGAAUGUUCAAAACAAAAAGCAAAAUGAACUUUUUUAUGUCUAUUAAAUGGCUGAUAAUUGCAGAGGGGAAAAAAGCCCUGUGUUCCACCAUUUUAGAUAAUUCUAUAUCUCUGGCUGAAAUUGCUGCUGCCUUUUUUUUUUUUUCCUUUCUUUUUUUUUCCUUUCUUUUUUACCACAUUAACUUUACUGGCAUUUGUUUCUCUUUGCUUUCUGUAUGGCAUAACUAAUGUGAAGGGAAUCCUCUCUUCUCUGUUAUGACCCACCUCUUCUGAGUAAAUUCUCAUGCUGUCUCCUGACUGUGAUGAGCUCUGUGGAUGACAUGUGAGUGCCAACAGCCCUACACAGACACCUUUGGACUUCCUGAAGGAGCACAUUGCUCUUUCAUAAGUGAACUUGAACAGGGAAGCAGAUACUUCAUGUACCAAAAGGUGCAAGACCAGAAGGCAGCACAGCAAGUGAGCCAGUUGAUCUGGUUAUCACAAACAGUUGAAGUACUUAAACGUUGCCAACACCAAUUCUCACUCCACCCUCCUUUUUCCUUCCAGCCACAGAACUGAUUCCAUCUUUCUGGCAUUAUUUUAUCUGUUCCCUCCCUUGUGUGCAGGAAAUUGUUGCCCCUUUAGGAUACCUGUGGCAGAUUUAGAAGACUUUUUGGAUUAUUACAUGCCUUACACUUCCAGGAAAGAAAGAAAGCUAAUUUUCAAGUGUUUAGAAUAGCGGAAUCAUGUUUUUUGAUGUGUGUUUGUCUUGGUAAAUGACUUGUUAGAGCAAUGCCUGCAAAACAGUGUUAACGUGAAAAACUGACAUGAAUGCCCAGAUUACUAUAAAGACUAAUAUUGAUGGGAUGUGUAAGUGUUCUAGGGCGAUUGAUACUAUAUUGUUAGCUUUGCCCUGGUUUAGAGCUUUGUAAAUCUUUUCUCCUGUUUAUGCAUACGUGUGUAUGUGUGCAAGCACACACACAUAUAUGUGUAAGGGUUUGAAAUCGGGAAAUAAUUAUGGUAAGGAGCAUGCAUGUUGUUAUGAAUUGUGUGGUGAUGAAAAGUGGGAGGGACAGAAGGCAUUCCAAAAACGGGUAGAGCUAAACCAUUCAUAAUUCCAACUGUUAAUGUUAAUUACAAGAUGUUGUGUUCAGGCAGGAAUUUUAUUAUAUUUUUGAUUCACAACUCCCAUGGGCUCAUCAAAUGAAUUGUAAACAGAGGAAAUACACAAAUGAGCUGCAUCUGUGACUUCCAAGGAAUCUUUUCUUUCCUUGGUUUAAAAUAUUUUUUUGGAAACUGACCUGCUUAGACUGCUUCAAAGCCACGGGGGAAGGGAGGGAAAUCAGAGAAGGAGAAAUUUAAUGGAUGUCUCAUUUUGGAAGUAAUGUGAAUGCUGCAUCUUUUCAAUCUGUUAAUGCUUCCAUAUGGAAAACAAAUGCAAUAAAACUUUUCCAAAAA